AUUCUGCCUAGCAUCACUUGCACCUGGACCACAGCCCUAUCCAACCCUUCAAGUAGCCCAGAUAAUCUGCCAAUCCCAGAACCAUCAAUAUCCUAAAUCAUCCGAAUUAUUAGUGUUUUAUUAUAAUUGUGCUGUCUUUACGACAGUUAUUGUUUAUAAUAUUUUCGCUUAGUAAUUCAUUCAAUAGUAUUUUCUAGUUAGAAUUAGAAGUGUUUAAAGUAUAUUCAUUGCAUGUAAAAUAUAUCGGAAUGCGAUGACGUCACAUCCGGUUUCGCCGCGUCUUGUGGGAAAACACCGGUUUGAAAUUAGCGCGAGGGUGGGGGCUUUCCACGAGGCUCACCUGAGCACAAGCAGUUUUGCAGGCAUGAGAAAUCACAGUGAGAGCAACGCUUUUUCACCAUAUGUUAAUGUGAAGAGUGAACAGUAAAUGGUUAAUCUUACUGCGAUCUGGUUCUUAUUAACUGUGGUUUAUCCGGACGUUAAAUUCGGCGUUUCGUUACACCCGAAGGAGAACGUGACAGUGAAAAAGCGGCAUUAUCAGGUGUUUCAAGUGCUGCAAUGUCAGCUCAAUCCAGCAUCAAGUCGACGCCGCCCAGCGACAAGGGCAGUAAACCGACAUCAAGUAAGCCCACCCGGGCGUUAUCAGGUGUUCCAAGUGCUGCAAUGUCAGCUCGAUCCGGGAUCAAGUCGAUGGCGCCCAGCGACAAGGGCAGUAGAACGACAUCAAGUAAGUCCGCACAGGCAAGAGCCAAGGCAGAAGCCGCCAAGGUGCGACUGCAUUACGCCAGACAAGAAGCAGUUUUGAAAAUGAAACUGGCCACCAGAGAAGCCGAAAUCCAGAAAGAAGAGGCUGCCAGAGAAGCCGAAAUCCAGAAAGAAAGGGCCGCCAGACAAAGAGAAGAGGCUGCCAGAGAAGCCGAAAUCCAGAAAGAAAGGGCCGCCAGAGAAGCCGAAAUCCAGAAAGAAAGGGCCGCCCGAGAAGCCGAAAUCCAGUUGGAAAUGGCAAAAAUAUCGACAGAGUUGCAAGUGCUGCAGCUAGAAAGAGAAGAAGCUGCUGCCAUGGCGGAAGCAAAGUACAUAGAAGAAGCUGAAGGGUCGCGUGAUCUGACCGCAGCAAGAUCUACUUUAGAAAGGACCAGACUGGAACGCACAAGCGACUAUGUACAAUCUCAAAUAGACAGGCAGGCUCGUCUCCCCUCUCCAUACGUAUUCGAUAACUUCCCCAGCUACGAGGAACCUCAGAGAGUCACGAUUGCAUCACAUCCAUACGAGGAAGGAAAUUUACCCUCACGGCUCCGUGAUGAAGUCAAGAAUGAAAGAACCGACAACGCUCCUUCACCCCCACAACAGGACGGCGGGGAGGGAGAGGUUCACUCCAGGACAACAAUUGUCAGCUCGAACUGUACAGAAGUUUGCGGUCAAACUCAGUCAAGCCGUUCUUGUUCCGAGAUCUGCCUCACUGAGGUGUACCCUAAAGAAGCACAACAAGACAUUACCAAGCGUAAAGUAACCGACGAGACGCUAGGUCAGUCAGUUUUCGUUCAAACCGAGGACGGAAACAAACUUGCACAAUCAGCUCAAGAUACCAUUUCUUUAAAACCCAAAGACACCAAGGUCUUCAGAGAUGAAGCAAAUAAUGGGGUUGCCCCAUUGCCUAUCAGAGAACCAUGCCAGCGCUCACCAGAUAACAAAGAGCAGGCAGUCAAACGGUUCACGUCCUUACGGAAAACCCGGAAAAGGAAACCUGAGAUGCAGCAACGCACCCGAUUGGCCCACGAGGUACUGUGCACCCUAAUGGCAGAGGUCACAGCCAUUAUAAACGCACAAUCAUUCCUACCUGUGUCUUCUGACCCAGAAAACCCCUUUAUACUUUCGCCAUCAACGCUCCUUACGCAGAAGGCAGGAGCACCUCCUCCACCAGGAGACUUCUCAGACAAGGAUUUGUACACAAAGCAAUGGAGACAAGUCCAGGCUCUGGCAAAUCAGUUCUGGCCUCGCUGGAGACAAAAAUAUCUACCUUUGUUGCAACAGAGACAAAAGUGGACAGAACCCCGAAGGAAUCUUCAAGUUGAAGACUUAGUCCUGCUCAGGGACAAGCAAGUCGCUCGCAACAGCUGGCCAACGGCCAGAAUCACUGUUACAUUCCCUAGCGGGGAUGGACAUGUCAGGAAGAUCGAAUUGAAGACUACCGACCAAGGCGAUGUGAAAAUUUACCAAGGGCCGGUUACAGAAGUUAUUCUACUUCUACCCAAUGACUGAUUAAGAGACUAAGUUUUGUACUCUGCUCAUUGUGACCUUACGAAGGUCAAGCGGGGAGUGUGCUGUCUUUACGACAGUUAUUUAGUUUAUAAUAUUUUCGCUUAGUAAUUCAUUCAAUAGUAUUUUCUAGUUAGAAUUAGAAGUGUUUAAAGUAUAUUCAUUGCAUGUAAAAUAUAUCGGCAUGCGAUGACGUCACAUCCGGUUUCGCCGCGUCUUGUGGGAAAACACCGGUUUGAAAUUAGCGCGAGGGUGGGGGCUUUCCACGAGGCUCACCUGAGCAGAAGCAGUUUUGCAGGCAUGAGAAAUCACAGUGAGAGCAACGCUGAAACGUGUGCGACUUUUGGUGGCCCACCUUUGAAUGCAAGCGCUCACCGUCUCCUUUACUGACCAGUCUGGGGCUGCACCAUGGCGCUCGGCGUGCACCUCCUGGCCUGUAUAUUCGGCAUGGGCUCGUGGAUCGCCAUCAAUGGACUCUGGGUGGAGCUGCCGCUCAUUGUGAAUGUACUUCCCGAGGGCUGGGACCUCCCCUCGUACCUCACUGUCAUCAUCCAGCUGGCCAAUGUGGGGCCUCUGUCAGUCACUCUCAUGCACAAGUUUGCACCAGGGAAGAUGAAGGAGAUUAUCGCCAUCUACAUCAUCAUCAGCAUUGGGAUAAUGGCUAGCUUGUUGAUGGUGUUCUUUUGGAAGGAAACCACACUCCUGGCGGGCAGAUUGCACAGCACAGCAUUUCUGAUCCUGACAUUUUUCUUAUCGUUGGUGGACUGCACCUCUUCCGUGACAUUCCUCCCGUUCAUGAUGAGGCUCCAGACCUCGUACAUCACCACCUACUUCAUCGGAGAAGGGCUGAGCGGCUUUCUCCCGGGUCUAGUGGCCAUCGGCCAAGGCGCAGGGAUGAUCAUGUGUGUGAAUGUCUCGAAGCCAGCCAAUGUGACCACGGAGAACAUCACUGAUGAGGCAGGUCUCUACCAGACUGAAGCCCGCUACGUGCCUGCCAACUUCUCCACUGAGACCUUCCUGGUUUUCCUCACAGUCAUGAUGGUCUUCUGCCUGGUGGCUUUUGCUCUGCUCACUCGAGUCACCUGCUUACCUCACAAGAAUCCCAGCGAAGAAGGGGUCCCCAAUCAAGUAGUUUGUGUCUCCACCACUGAAUCAGAAUCGAGCAAAUACAUCUCCAAGAGAGCAGCAGACGUCCAAAACCCUGGUAUGAACAACCUUCAGAAACAGGCCGCCAAUUCUGCGCGGGCAGCUGAUGCACAAAAUCUGACAAGCGGAGUGCUGGUGGGGUAUUCCAAGCAUCAGUUCCUCUUCCUUUACCUUCUGGUGGUCUGGGUGAAUUCACUGACCAAUGGCUUCCUCCCACCAGUGCAGAGUUACUCGUGUUUGCCCUAUGGAAACACUGCCUACCACCUGUCUGCUGCCUUGAGUUCCUUUGCUAACCCUGGCGCUUGUAUGAUUGCUUUAAUCCUGCCCAACAGGUCCUUAUUGCUGCUGGGAUCCCUGUCUCUGCUUGGGACGAUGUUUGGUGCCUAUAACAUGGCCAUGGCUGCCUUGAGCCCCUGCCCCGUGCUGCUGCAUUCUUCAGCUGGCCCUGCCCUGAUUGUCCUGUCGUGGAUUUUAUUUACUGGGACCUUGUCCUAUGUCAAGGUGAUGAUCGGAAUCAUUUUCCGUGAUGAGAGCCACAGCGCCCUGGUGUGGUGUGGAGCAGCAGUGCAGCUCGGUUCCAUGAUUGGAGCACUGACUAUGUUUCCGCUUGUGAAUGUGUUUGAGAUUUUCAAAACCGGGGACAGCUGCAGUACAAACUGCUCCCUCUAACCAAAAAGCAACGAAGGAGACUCCAGUGGUGAAGAAAGAGAGGGGAAAGAGCUUUGCUGCCAAUGAACUUACUGUUUCCAAGUCAUUAAAUAAUUUACAGUUCAGUCUCACAUGUACCUCCUUGAGAGCUACCUAUUGUCCUUUCACCUGUCAGAUUCCCUACUUAAAGGCUAAUUUCACUUUAGAAUAAAAUGCUGGAAACACUCAGAAGGCUAGGCAGUAUCUGUGCGGGGAGAAACAUAGUUAAGAUUUCAGAUUGGUGACCUAUUGUUAGAACCGAGAAGAGGUUAGGAAUGUAAGAGCAAAUGGAGCACACAGUGGAAGAUCUGUGCUUGGUUGGACAUCAAGAGGGUGCUGGCUGACAGAGGGAAGUGAUGGCUAGUCUUGUACUACUACAGAAAGCAGAUGACCUGCUUUGCCUUCUUUUGUCGAGGCAUUGCAUUGAAGAGUCAAGAAGUUAUGCUGCAGCUUUAUAAAACUCUGCUUCAAUCACACCAGGAAUAUCAGCUCAUCCCAUUAGAAUCAGAAUCAGGUUUAAUGUCAUCGGAAUAUGUUGUGAAAAAUGUAUACAAAAAAUAAAUAAGUAGUGAAAAAAGAGAGGAAAAAUACAGAGGAGGUGUUCAUGGGUUUGUUGUCCAUUCAGAAAUCUAUUGGGGGAAGAGACAAAGCUGAACUGUUGAGUGUGUUGUCUUCAGGCUCCUGUACCUCCUCCUUGAUGGUAGCAAUGUGAAGAGGGCAUUAGGGCAUUAGGGUUAGGAUUGAUGGGGGUCUUUAUCGAUUGAUGCCGUCUUCCUGAGACUUCGCCUUUUGUAGAUGCCCUGGAUACUGGGGAGACUAGUGCCCAUGACGGAGCUAGCUGAAUUUACAACUUUCUGCAGCUUUUUCUGAUCCUGUGGAGUGGCCUCUCCACACCAGACAUGAAGCAACCGGUUAGAAUGUUCUCCACGGUACAUCUGUAGACAUUUGUGAGAGUCUUUGGUGACGUACCAGUUCUCCUCAACUUUUAGCUGCUGUUGUGCUUCCUUUGUAAUUGCAUCAAUAUGUUGGGCGCCAGGAUAGAUCUUCAGAAACGUUGACACCCAGGGACUUGAAACUGCUCACCCUUUCCACUUCUGAUCUCUCGCUGAGGACUAGGGUGUGUUCCCAUGACUUUGUCAUUCUGAAAUCCGCAGUCACAUCCGUGGACUUACUGAUAGUGUGUGCAAGGUUGUUACUGCAACACCACUCAACUAGCUGAUCUAUCUCGCUCCUGUAUGCCCCCUUGCCACCAUCUGAAAUUCUGCCAGCUAUAGAUGUGUUGUUGGCAAAUUAAUAGAUGGUGCUUGAGCUGUGCCUGGCAACAUAGACGUGGCCACAUAUUACGGGAAGGGUGUGGAGGCUCUGGAGUGGGUGCAGAAGAGGCUUACCAAGAUGUUGCUUGGACUAGAAGACAUGAGCUAUCAGGAGAAAUUAGACGAACUUGUUGUUUUCCCUGGAGUGUCAGAGGCUGAGGGGAGAGUUGAAAGAUGUUUACAGAACUAUGAGAGACAUAGACAGAGUCUCUUUUUCCAGGGUCAAAAUAUCUAAUAAGAGAGGAAAUGCAUUUAAGAUAAAGGGGAAAGUUCAAAGGAGAUGUGCAGGCAAGAUUGUUCUACAGUGAACGCCUGGAAUGCAGUGCAUGGGGAGGUACUGGUAGAAAAUAUGAACCAGGUGUCUAAGAAGCUGUUAGACAGACACGUGAGCGUACAGAGAAUGGAGAGGUAUGUACGUUAUAUAGGCAGAAGGCCAGCACCCUGUCUAUCAGAAACUCUAUCUCUUCAGCAAACCUGUUCUUCUACUCCAAGGUCAUCCUGUUCUACAACAUUCCCUGGGACCCUGUCAUCUACUGUGAGAGGCUCACCUGGAUUCAGCCUUCCAAGGUGAAAGUCCAAGGCCCCCUGUUGUUCGGGGUUGACCGUGGAUAUUGCGUUCUGGGUGCCUACAUGGUGCACAAGCCAUGGCGGUACGUGACGGAGAGCAAGCCGUUGCCCGCACAGCAGGCUCCCUCUCUCCACACAGCCGAUGAAUCCAGAGGAACAGCAGAAACCGCUACAGCUUGACCCCUUUCGGCAUUGCAAGAGUCGCCAGUCAGUGUUGGACUCAGUGCAAGCCUGCCUUAGGAAUUCCAGCUCUGUAUUUUACUGCCAAAGCCUUCCCCAUGAGUGGGUAAGGCGGCGGAGGUUUGAGAUCAGAGUUUUCCUUCUCCUAGAUGGGAUACCAACCACGGCUGACAGGCCCCGUCUGCCCGAUUCCAAAAUGUAAAACCUAUUGAUUUUGAUGGAGAUGUCAGAAUAACCCAGAGUUCUUAGUUCUUCUGAAAGGAGAGGGGAAGGGAGGAUGUCACUUAGGACUUGUUGGGGAUUGUGCAAGAGGAUCCUUUGUAGACCGGUGGAGUGGAAGACAAGGUCAGGGAAAACCCUGUGCUUUUUCUGUGUGGGAGGAGAGGUACCAUAAGACUCUAAAACAUAGGAGCAGAAUUAGGCCAUUUGGCCCAUUGAGUCUGCUCCACCACUCAAUCAUGGCUGAUUCCCCAGUCCCUGUCUUCAGCCUUCUUCCCAUAACCUCUGAGGCCAUGGCCAGUCACAAGCCUGUCAAUCUCCAUCUUAAAUACACCCAGCGACCUGGCCUCCACAGCCUGGCCUCCACAGCCCGGCCUCCACAGACCCGGCCUCCACAGCCCGGCCUCCACAGCCCGGCCUCCACAGCCUGGCCUUCACAGCCUGGCCUCCACAGCCCGGCCUCCACAGCUGCCCGUGGUAACAAAUUCCUCAAAUUCACCUCCUCUGGCUAAAGAAAUUUCUCCAUAUCUCUGUUUUAAAUGGACGCCCCUCUAUCCUGAGGCUGUGCCCUCUUGUCCAUGGGAAACAUCCUUUCCACAUCCACUUUGUCUAGGCCUUUUAAAAUUCAAAAGAUUUCAGUGAGAUGCCCCCUCAUCCUUCUGAAUUCCAGUGAGUACAGUCCCAGAGCCAUCAAGCUUUCUUCAUAUGAUAACCCUUUCGUUCCUGGAAUCAUCCCUGUGAACCUCCUCUGGACCCUCUCCAAUGCCAGCACAUUUAUUUAGAUGAGGAGCCCAAAACUGUUCUCAAUACUCAAGGCGACACUUCACCAGUGCCUUAUAAAACCUCAGCAUCACAUCCUUGUUCUUGUAUUCUAGACCUCUUGAAAUGAAUGCUGUCAUGGCAUUUGCAUUCCUCACCACUGACUCAACCUGCAAGUUAACCUUUAGGGUUUUCUGCGCAAGGACUCCCAAGUCCCUUUGCAUCUCAGACUUUUGGAUUUUCUCUAUGUUUAGAACAUAGUCUGCAUAUUUAGGGUGAGAGAGAUGACUGGGAAGUUGACCAUACAUGUUAUUGGUCAAUUAUUAUUGUUACAUGUUGAUGCACCAUCAAUAACUCACUCUGAGACGUAAAGGCGAGAUAUCGGCUUUUAUUGACUGGAAGAAGGAACAAGCAGUGAGUGACCACCAUACUACAUCCUGGAGACUGAGAGGCCGGGCUCAGGCCUCAAUCGCCUUUAUACCGGGGUCUGUGGGAGGAGCCACAGGAGCAGUCAGCAGGGGGCGUGUCCAGACAGGUAUAUGUAGUUCACCACAUAUGUAUUGUGAUACAUCGAAAAAUCUUGCUUUGCACACUCCCAUACAGGGCAUUCCAAAACGCUCAUGGCACUGUAGCAUUGCCGUUAGCAUAAUGUUAUUACAGCACCAGCAAUCACUGAUCGGGGUUCAGUUCCUGCCGUGUUCCCACUGUGAUCACAUGGGUUCCCUCUGGGUGCUCUGGUUUCAACACAUGACCUCUGGCAUUAGACAUUUCAACCCUGGGACAAGAAUUACUGUCUGUCUACUCUGUCUAUGCCAGAGCUUCGCAAGAAGGUGCAGUCCAGCUGAGAAAUGAGUAAACUCCAUGGGGCAGCAAGCUGAACCGGCUCAUCUUAAACAGUUAUCCUUCCGUCAUUUCCUCCAUAUCCUCGUGCUAACCGCAGGCAAAGGUAGAGUAGACCGACAGUAUCUUCUUCCCAGGGAUGAAAUGUCUAAUAUCAGAGGGCGUGUAUUGCAGGUGAGAGGAGAUCGAUUCAAAGGAGAUAAUGAGGGGCAAGUUUUUUACAUAGGGAUUGUUGGGUGCUUGGAAUGCACUGCCUGUGGUAGUGGUGGAGGCAGAAAAAAUAGGAACUUUUAAGAAACAUUUAAAUAAACGCAUGAAUGUGAGGAAAAUGGAAGGGUAUGAAUAUUCUACAGGCAGAAGGGAUUAAUUUAGUUAAUCAUUUGAUUACUAAUUUAUUUGGUUCAGUGCAACAUUGUGGACUGAGGGGCUUGUUCCUGUGCUGUACCGAUCUAUGUUCUAUAAGAUAUAGGAGCAGAAUUAAGCUAUUUGGCUCAUCAUCUUCUCCACUGUUUCAUCAUGGCUGAUCUAUUUUCCCUCUUAGCCCCAAUCUCCUGCCUUCUCCCCACAUCCCUUCAUGCCCUGAGUAAUCAAGAAUCAACCUCUGUCUUGAACAUACCCAAUGACUUGGCCUCCUCAGCUGCCUGUGGCAACGAAUUCCACAGAUUCAUCACACUCUGGCUAAAGAAAUUCCUCCUCAUCUCUGUUCUAAAAGGUCACCCCUCGAUUCUGAGGCUGUGUCCUCUGGUCUUAGACUCCCCACCAUAGGAAACUUCCUCUCCACAUCCACUCUUUUGAGGCCUUUCACCAUCAAUACGUUUCUAACCCAUCUUCUUGAUCCCCCUUCCUCCUAUUGCUUUCACUCAUUUUAAAAAUGGUUUAAUUUUUUUUUAACUGCUUCCAAUUUUGAUUAAAG